UAUUAUAUAUUUAUAAUUAUACUUGUUAAUUAAAUACUGAUUUUUUUCUUGUAAAAAGAUGUUCUUGUAUAUCGAUAAGCAAUAUCACGAAAUAUCGACUCGAAUCUCUUUCAUCAUUUUCACGGUCCUUCUUUCUCACACGAAUAAGAUAUUUUGUCGAUUUAUAAGCAACACUUUCGCGCGGUUACACCUAGUCACUUUUAUUUCACCGGCGACCGAGGUCUUUCUUGGUACAAAAGAGUGGGAGAAGACGAGCAUAUGUGCGACAGUAUUCAACCCCUCUUCUCGGCCUCCCUAUUGGCAAGGUGGCUCCAGGUGACUUCGUCGUUCGUGCCGCGAUCACUCGUUAAGCUCGCCUUCGAAUAGCUGGGCAAUUCGCGAAACACUCGAUAUAACUCGUGCGAUUCUCUUGACCGAUCCAGGUCCUGCGCGACGACUAGUUACGAUUCCAUUCUUUUUUUGAGAGAGCGUUUCCAGCGAAUUUUCCGGCUUCCAGAGUUUUAGUGAAUAUUUUCGAUGGCAAUCACACAAGCACGAACAUGAUCCACAAUUAAUCUUGCCACCCCGUCUUAUCAGUCUCAUUUGAAAAACGCCAACGAUAUCACGAUAUAAAAAAUUAAACUGUGCGAUUCAUAUUCCUGUGCGUGUAAUACUUUUCGAUCUGGCAAUCUUGUUGGAGGGGAGAAAUGGAAACGGUUGUGAGAAUUUGGAUUCUCAGUCUGAUCGGUCUGUCACAGGCAGACAAAUCAGUCAACAUCCUAACGCCUUCAGGCAGUCUCAGCACCUUCGAAGAGGAGAACAUACUACACGUGCUUUCGCGCAACAAGACUGAUACGACGAAAAACGUCACUUUCGACAAAUUAAUCAGCAGUAUUAGCAAUUAUACAAUCGACGCCGAAAAGGAUAUAUGGAGCGAUGGCAAAGUGGAAAUGCAACACACGAAUCCACAUUACGAAAAUUUCCCCGAAGAAAUCGAUCUCGAGGCACGUAGAUUGUUGCAUUUCCUUCCUGCUUAUGAUCCUGGUGCAGGUGACGUCAGCGCAGAAUGCAAACAACAUUCUGAUAUCUUUCACGAGGAACUCGCGAAGUUUACACUAUGGGCUCUCAAAAUGUAUGACGCGACCGCGAAAAUACCUUCCGGUCUGCUCAACGGAAAUAUUAAUCAAUUCGGUGAUUUCGACGAGUGCGUUGGUAUCGAGGGCAAGAAUGGCAUUCGAGGACAAUAUUGUCUGGCGUAUCUACAGUUGGAUGUCGAUCAGUCCCGAUCGGACCUUAAAUAUCUGCAUCGUUUGCUACAUUCGCACUAUGCAUUCCGCAGUAACAUGACCGACCCUGGUCACAGAGUACCGCGUUUUAGCACAGUAAAUUGGGCCGUAUGCACACCCGCAUCAUGUACAGCCCAAGACGUGAAAGCCUCUCUUCAAUAUGCUAUCUCCAAGUACACGUCUCAAACUGGUCUCAAAAUUAGGCUGCAUGUGGACAAAGAGAUGUGUCAAGUGAAAAAGGAACUUGUUCUAUCAAAAGCGACCAUCGCUACCAGUCUUCUCUUCGCCGCCGUGUUCAUCCUGACUCUCGUAGCUGCGUAUUAUGAUCAUUACAAAAUAUCAGCCAGUGAAUUGCUUUUAUCAUUCUCUCUGAAACGUAACGCUCAGAAACUUUUCUCAUUGGAAAGACCGCAGGGCGACAUAGCGUCGCUUCAUGGUAUUCGAUUUUUAAACAGCGUUCUACUGCUUAUAGCUCACAAGAGUAUGGCGGCGUUUUUUAUUCCCUACAUGAACCGGACUUACAUGAGCGAGUUUUUAGGUAAAUCGUGGUCCGUCUUAGGAAGANCGGCCAGUCUUUAUACCGAUCCGUUCAUCAUGCUGUCCGGUCUGUUAACGACGUACUCGUUUGUAGGCAGAUUGAACAGGACCGGAACGUUAGAUAUCAAAACUGAAUACUUAUCGCGCUUGCUGAGAUUGGUACCGACUCUAGGAGCGCUGAUAUUAUUUUGUACUCACAUCAUGCCGUAUAUCGGAUCCGGACCGCAGUGGCCAUUGGUGGUGACUAAUCACGCCAAUAUCUGCAAGAAAACGUGGUGGCGUAAUUUCUUAUUUAUUCAUAAUUAUUUUGGAUUCGAAAAUAUGUGUCUUACGCACACGCAUCAUGUGGGAAUAGACACGCAAUUAUUUGCGGUUUCACCCGCAAUGGUGUUACUCCUAUAUAAAAAACCAAAGAUCGGCGUCAUUGUACUUGGUGUAAUAGCCCUGAUAUCCACGAUGUUGAGAUUUUACGUCACGUAUACCAGAUAUCUCAACAAUUAUGUAUAUUUUGGCACAUCGAUAAGACAGUUAUUCGAUACUGCCGAUUUCUCCUACUCAUUACCAUCGCAUAGAUUAACCAUUUACAUUAUAGGCAUCUUUGUGGGCUAUUUACUUCGGAAUAUACCUAAGGAUUUUAAACUGAGCGCAACAGCUCUCUAUACAGGUUGGAUUGUGUGCACUAUAAUGUUCUUGGCAUCUUUUAUUGGACCCGCUAAAAUGGGAUCAAUCGAUUACGUAUACGAUCCGAUCCACGCAGCUACUUAUAACGCGUUCGCUCCUAUCGGAUGGUGUGGGUUGUUCCUUUGGGUGGCUAUAAUACAGCAUACUGGCAAUUCAAACGGAUUCUUGAGUAAAUUAUCCUCUUGGCGAGGAUUUCUUAUUACUACAAGGAUUAGUUAUGCCGUUUAUUUAACGCAAUUCCCGAUAUAUUUCUACAAUGUUGGACAAACCCGCACUGCGGAGCACUAUGAAUUUUUCAGGAUAAUGAUAAAUUUGAAAGAAAUAAUAUGGAUUAUUUGCAUGUCCAUAAUUCUUACGCUGCUAUUCGAUUCACCAUUCCAAAAUCUAAAAAAUUAUUUAUUGAAAAAACCAGUAUUGCAAAAAGAUAAAACAAAGUCAUCCAAAAUAGAAUAGAUCUCUUUUAACUUGAAUGAUUUCGACUAAAUGUUUUAUCUUGAUCACAACAUUCUAGAAUUUUGUACAUAUUAGUGUUUUCAACCCUAUUGAUAUAAUUAAUGUCUAAUAUGAAAACUAUUAGGUAGAGAGAGAAGUUAUCAUAUCAAAUUGAGUCAUAAAUAUUUUUUUCUACGGAAAAAUAAUUAGCAAAACGAAUCAAAAAGUGUCUUCUAAAAAAAUUCUCUCUUCUUUUCUUAAAAACCUGGAUAUGCAUUUUAAAUAAUUAUAAAAACAUAUUUACAUAAACUUUUCCAUAUUUACAUAAACUACUUUGCACAUGUAGCCAUACAAAUAUAACUGUAAAUAUUAGUUUUUCAUUAUUUUUCAUACAACUCUGAUAAACUUAAUAUGUUUACAAAGAAUUAUUAUGUAUAAGUUUUAUAUUUAGGCAAUACACAAUACUAUAUAAAUCAUAAUUUAAACAGAUUAGCAUUGAAUGCUUUAAUUCCUCUGGCCUCGCAACAUAAAACGAAUUAUUAUUAAUAAUAUAAAGCAAAUUUAAAAAAGUAAAUAAAAGCAGAUAACCAAGAAAUUUGUCUAUCUAUAAAUCAGAUGAAAAAGUAGUUAACCUAAAGCAAAAAUAAUCAGCUACAUAAUUAAAAUACUAUAAUAUAAUUAAAUUAUAUCUAUAUAAAAUUUGAUUACAUAUCACCAGCACAAUACAUCAAUGUGGAAAGAUAAAAUUUUAAUAUCUCGUAAUUAUUGUGUAUAUGUACAAAAGUGCCUUUUGAUUAGGAAUAUAUUGCUCAGGAAGUUUUGGACAAUAAAAUAUAAUUAUUGUUAAAAAUAUUAAAUACACAUUUCAUAUAUA